AUGGCGCUUUCACAUGGAAAGAUACUUUUAGGGCGCUUCGUGCUUAUUUUCCUGCUGGCUACACAGAUGUUUUUCUUUGCCUGUUUGGGUAUAUUCUUUUCUGUUUUAAUGGGCCAUUGGACUCUCGAAGGAAUCUUGUUAUCCCUCUUGAUCUUUAGUAUCUUUAUAAUGAGCUUAAUCGGGUUUGCGUCACUUUCCUUUACUUGGAUAAUUGGAAAACGGCAGUAUUACUCUUACACUUGGUUUGUGUAUACUUUUGUGUUGAUAAUAAACAUCGCAUUAGUUGCUCAGUAUCUACUAGUCGUCGAUGGAGAGCAAGAUAACCCAUUUGGGCCAACGGUUUUUGUCAAAGUUCUUUGUAUCACACCAUUUAUUUUGCUGUUCUUUUUGAACACUGCUGGCGAAGGAGGUACCGAAUUUCACGGGGAAUCUGAAUGGUUGUUUGCCACAAUGACUGCACAUAUAUUCGACGCUGUUGACAUGAUAGACAAUGUUUUGAACGGUUAUGGUAAUGGGAAACCUACAAGACUUGGAGCAGGGAUGAUCGGCCUUGCUUCUGGAUGUCUGUUGCUUGCAGCGUGGGAGUUUCUAGAACGAGCGCAUCACUCACCCGGAAGCAAGAACGGAGCGAAGGUUUAUCGGCUUAUCGGGUUGAUUCUCGUUAACCUGGCAACUUUGAUAAUUCGAGCAGUGGUUUAUGUUGAUCAUGGUUGGAGGGAAACGACGUCCAUCGCCAAGAAUAUAAUCAUGAUAUGUACAUCAGUUCCGGAAUUACUCCGUCGCAUCGGUCAGACUUCUCUAUAA